AUGACGAUAUGCGCGCUGCCCAGACGCCUCUACAUGCGAAUAUUUGCCGACACCAUCACGGAGACGGGAUCGCCCGCGCGAGCUUUACAGGCGCUGUACUUCACACUGGAGCGGUCGAUAUACUACAACAGAAUGAGCAGCUACUCACUCAACGAGCCUGAUCGUGAGGCCGCUGUUGCAGAUAUAGUGACAUUUGAACCGAUGCAGGUUCCGAAGGAUUUCAAGGGAUACUGGGCCGUUGCGGGCAUUCUGGCCGUCUUUCUUGCCGCCUUCGCCGCGGUGAUCUGGCUCUAUCGCCCGACGCAGUACAGCCUACCGGGAAACUCUUGGCACGUCAUCGCGCAAGUUUCUGAGAGUGCUGAGCUUGUCGAGGUCCUUCAAAAGGCGAGGUUGGCAACGGACGAUGAGGUUGAUAAGUUGAUUGAGGGGAUAUCGUACCCCCCUUCCAGUCCUGUCAGCGGUGGCGCAACUUCCUACGUCAAGAAGGUUCUCGAUGAAGCGCGGCGGCACUUCUUGGCCGGUAGGGAGUCCUUCGUUGCUUCGGGUUCACAGAGGGCAAUGCCGCGUUUCGUUCUCCAGAAGGGCGUUUUUGUCGGUGUGCCAGAGGAGGAGAUGAACACCACACUACGAGCCAGCGGCUUCCAGCGCUGCACGGUUAGGAAAGGCUCUGAGAGCGAAAAUGUGGACUGA